UAGAAGCUCUUUGCAUCUUAGUCCACGGCUCUGAGAGCUCCAAGAGGGAAGGAAAGAAGAAGCCUAGCUUCCACCCUUAGGGGAAGAAAUGGAGAUGGAGGCCGGCUCUACGAGUGACACAGUGGCAGGCAGGUUCUCGCUGCCGGUGGACUCGGAGAACAAAGCCAAGUCCAUCAAGAUCUUCUCGUUCGGCAACCCUCAUAUGCGUGCCUUCCAUCUUGGAUGGAUGUCCUUCUUCACCUGUGUCGUCUCCACCUUCGCCGCCGCACCACUCAUCCCCAUCAUCCGCGACAACCUCAACCUCACCAAGGCCGACAUCGGCAAUGCCGGGGUUGCCUCUGUCUCCGGUGCCAUCUUCUCCAGGCUAGCCAUGGGUGCCAUCUGUGACCUUCUUGGCCCACGCUAUGGCUGUGCCUUCCUUGUCAUGCUCUCUGCACCGGCAGUAUUCUGCAUGUCCAUCAUCGAUGGUCCUGCUGGAUACAUUACUAUCCGCUUCCUCAUCGGUGUGUCGCUUGCCACCUUCGUGUCAUGCCAAUACUGGGUGAGCACCAUGUUCAAUAGCAAGAUCAUUGGGACGGUCGGCGGCUUGACGGCGGGAUGGGGCGACAUGGGCGGCGGCGCCACACAACUCAUCAUGCCUCUUGUCUUUGAUGCUAUCAUCGCAUGUGACGCAACACCUUUCACGGCAUGGCGUAUUGCCUACUUUGUGCCAGGGUUGAUGCUGGUGGUGAUGGGCUUGCUCGUGCUCACCAUGGGGCAGGACCUUCCUGACGGGAACCUGAGGAGUCUCCAGAAGAAUGGCGAUAUGAACAAGGACAAGUUCUCAAACGUUCUUCGGGGUGCCGUCACCAACUACCGCACUUGGAUCUUCGUCUUCAUCUACGGCUAUUGCAUGGGCGUCGAGCUCACCACCAACAACGUAAUCGCUGAAUACUACUACGAUAGCUUCCACCUUGACCUUCGUGCUGCCGGCACCAUUGCUGCAUGCUUUGGCUUGGUAAACAUAUUCGCUCGGCCUAUGGGUGGCUAUCUCUCUGACCUUGGUGCCCGUUACUUCGGCAUGCGUGCUCGCCUCUGGAACAUCUGGAUCCUCCAGACCGCAGGUGGAGCCUUCUGCUUAUGCCUGGGACGUGCAUCCGCCCUCCCCACCUCCAUCACAUGCAUGGUCCUCUACUCCAUUUGUAUUGAGGCGGCAUGCGGUGCUGUCUAUGGAGUCAUCCCAUUCGUUUCUCGACGCUCCCUCGGUCUCAUCUCCGGCAUGAGCGGAGCGGGCGGUAACGUGGGAGGUGGGCUCACACAAUUCCUCUUCUUCACGUCGUCGCAGUACUCCACUGGCAAAGGAUUACAAUACAUGGGCAUCAUGGUCAUGGCGUGUACUCUCCCUGUUGCGCUCGUUCACUUCCCACAGUGGGGCUCCAUGCUCCUACCGCCCAGCGCCAAUGCCACCGAGGAGGACUACUACGGUGCGGAAUGGACGGAGGAGGAGAAAAACAAGGGACUCCACAUCACUAGCCUAAAGUUUGCCGAGAACAGCAUCUCUGAGCGUGGCAGGCGUAACGCCAUCCUCGCCGCACCCGUCACCCCACCUAACAACACACCACAACACGUAUGA